GGAGGCGGCGCGGAGGGAGGGCAGGCCGGCUGCGGGAAGCGGGGCUCCGCGCUGGGACUGGUUCCUUCGCAGCCAUUUUCUGUCCAACCAAACAGCCGAUUUGCGGAGGGAGCCAACCAGGGCCGCACUGGAGAUGGAUGGUGACAGUUCUACAACAGAUGCUUCUCAGUUAGGAAUUGCUGGAGAGUACAUUGGUGGUAGUCACUUUGUAAUACAGCCUCAUGAUGACACUGAGGACAGUAUGAAUGAUCAUGAAGACACAAAUGGCUCAAAAGAGAGUUUUAGAGAACAAGAUAUAUAUCUUCCAAUUGCAAAUGUGGCAAGGAUAAUGAAAAAUGCCAUACCCCAGACAGGAAAGAUUGCUAAAGAUGCAAAGGAGUGUGUGCAAGAGUGUGUAAGUGAAUUCAUCAGCUUUAUAACAUCUGAAGCAAGUGAGAGGUGUCAUCAAGAGAAACGAAAGACUAUCAAUGGAGAGGAUAUUCUCUUUGCCAUGUCUACCUUGGGAUUUGAUAGUUAUGUUGAACCUUUGAAGCUGUAUCUCCAAAAAUUCAGAGAGGCAAUGAAAGGAGAGAAAGGGAUUGGAGGAACAGUUACAACUGCAGACGGUCUUAGUGAGGAUCUCACAGAAGAAGCAUUUACUAACCAGUUGCCAGCAGGUUUAAUAACUACAGAUGGCCAACAGCAAAAUGUUAUGGUUUAUACAACAUCUUAUCAACAGAUCUCUGGUGUUCAGCAAAUUCAGUUCUCAUGAUUUGAAGAAGGCUUUGGAUUUGGGAAUGGAAGAGAGAGACAAGAAAGCUGUACAACUUGUGAGAAGAGACAUUAGUUUAAAAUGACAGAGGAGAGAGUUGUCUCUUUGUACAUUAAAUAGCUGUAAUGUAGCUACCUGAGGCUUGACUAAUGGAGGUGUGAAUUCUGACUCAAAUCUUUUUUCAUGAAUUUUAAAAAAAAUUGGAUUUUAAGGGUAUUAAAGUAUUUUUGUUUUGUACAAGAGUUUGUUGCUCUGUAUAACUCCUGUAUGCAUUGUAUAUUGCAAUUUAUUACUGUCAGAGAUUUGUAGACAGUUUCUUAUUUUCAUAUUGAAUCAUGUUACUUUUGUAAUUCAAGUAAACAGCUGAGUUUAAUUCAUGUUUACCCUUUGAAUAAAAUAAGGGUAAAGUUCA